UUUAGCAAUAAAUGCAAUAACCACAGUAUAGUAGAUUACCUAUUUAUGUGUAAGAUACAUUUUUGAUAAAUUUGAAAUGAAAUGAGCUGUAACAAGAGACUGCUUGGACUUUAACGAAGAUAUAUACUGAUGAUUCAGCGCAAUGUUUCCCGUGGAUUACUUUGACUUUUUUCCCUCCAGAUUUUUUUGCAGUUGCAAAACAGGUGUCUAGUCUUUUAAGUAAUUAAAAUGUACCAAGGAGUCUUACAUAUAGACUAAUUCAGUGUUUGAACAAGUCAUCAACGCAACGUUUUGCUGCCAUUUCGCUACCCCAGAAAUACACUGUUCUAUCUGCUCAGUACCUAGUUUUGAAAAAAAAAAUUGACGUUAAAAAAUUUGAAUUUCACAGCCUGUCAAGCUUUUUUCGAAUGCAAUUCUUUGAAUGUCUUGAUAACGACUUCGAAUAAUCUUACGAUUCUGAUAUAGCAAGUAGAACAUUUGGGUUUUGAUCUCAUGGUCUUAGUAACUCAAAACGGCCGAAAAUGUCAGAUAGAACUUUAUGAUUCUAAGGUAGCGAUUUGUGAACUGAAGUCUUCUUGUUUUCAACAGGCCUCAAAUUACCAUGAUUUGGGCAUUGUGAUGGCUUCUGGCCCUAACUGGAAGGAACAAAGAUCGGUUACUCUGAGUAUACUAAGGGACAUGGGGAUGGGCAGGAACGUUUUGGCCGGGAGAAUUCAGGAUGAGGUGGCGCAAUACCUCACGUGUCUUAGCAAUCUGGAUGGGAAACCAGCAGACAUACGACUGCUGACAAACAUGAGUGUUGCUAAUGUUCUCUUCUCUGUGGUGGUGGGUCAACGCUUUGAGUAUGAUGAUCCGACGUUCAAAAGGGUGGUUGGUUUGAUAAACUAUAACUUUACGCAUGCGCUGGGUGUGGGACCUGCUAUUCUCAAUAUGUACCCGAUGUUACAUUAUCUACCCGGGGACUUAUUCAAAACGGCACUUAUCUUGAAGAAUAGAAAAGAGUUAGGAGAAAUUUUUGUCCUUCACUUUAGAGAUCUGAAGGGUCGAAAAGAAUACAAUGACUCAAAUAUGGACAGCCUGAUUGCUCGCUAUGUGUUUGAGAAAAACAAAAGGAAAAGGAGUGGACAGCCGACUUAUUUGGACGACAGGAACUUGGCUAAAGUCAUAGAGGAUCUUUUGGGAGCAGGAAUUGAAACGACCAGUACCACUAUCAACUGGUUUAUCCUUUAUACACUGCAUCACCCAGAAGUACAGGAAAAAAUCUUCAAAGAGAUCAACUCUGAAAUAGGCACAGAGAGGGCCCCAACCAUGAUGGACAAAAACAAGCUGAAAUAUCUAAACGCCACAAUCAUGGAAGCUCAGAGAAUGGGAAAUGUCUCUCCAAUGGGAGUAACUCACUUGUGCCCUCGGGAUACCACAUUCAAAGGCUUCAAGAUACCAAAAGGAACACACGUUAUUGGUAACAUGUCGUCUAUCUUUUCUGACAAACAAGUAUGGGGUGAAGACGCAGAUAAUUUCCGACCAGAGCGUUUCAUCGAUGACAAGGGUAACUUAAAGCACUUUGAAGAGUUUACUCCAUUUUCUAUGGGUAAGAGAGCGUGUCCCGGAGAGGCGCUGGCAAACAUGGAGUUGUUUAUUCGCAUCUCAUCAAUGUGUCAACGUUUUCAGUUUUUGGCACCAGACCCUCUCAACCCACCAGAGAUAAUUGAAGUUAUGAGCAUAUCCAGAUCCCCCGGACCAUUUGAAGUCAGAGUUGUCGAAAGGCAAUAGUUCCAGCAGGAUAUGCAUGUUUUUGGAUUUCACAGAGAAUAGAGAUGAGGAAAACAUCGAAAUCCUUGUACUGGCGAUCACUUACAUGUUAUACAUUUGUACCUAUUAUAGAUGUCAACUUGGUGGGUCCCUUUUGGUGAACAGCUGGCAUAUUUUUCACAUAUAGUUUUCUUACUACGAAUGCCAAUAUAUGUAUAGUAUUAAAAAAACAGCAAUUUUCAAUGAAGCACCGACCACGCUAAAGUAGUGGAAACACUUCUUCUUAAUUCGACCCCCAUCUGUUCUAAUAGAUGAAUAUUCAUUUACACAACGCCUGUAUCCAGCCCCUGCGCUCCCCUUUCAGUGAGUGCUGAGACGUCUGUGCAGCUGCUAUUGGUCGUCUCAAAUCUGCCACUGAAUGAUCUUCAACUUACACAUUAUUUGAACGAAAUAUAGGACUUUAACAUUAUGAAAACGAUAAUACAAUUCUACAUGGUGGUCACCUGUCUCAGGGGGCAACCGUUCUUGGAAACUGAAUGUAAAGUCAGGCUUAAUUCAGAAAAAAAAGUAAUUUUUUAAAAAGUCCAUGUAAGUGGAAAUAGGAAGAUGAAUUGAUUGUUCUUGCAUACCGUAGUCGUAAAAAUAGAGUGUCACCUGUUGAACUUUAGAUACCAGGUCUUUAAAAAAAAAAAGAACACAAGUAAUUGUACCCAGAACCAGCAUGCCAGCCUAAAUGACGGUAGUCUAAGACAAUCUUCUGUGCAUUUUUCUUGCUGUCUUCAAUGGCUCCAAUUACCAGAAGUUACACCCAGGGCUACUCUACAGAAAAAGAAACAUUCAACGCGCUAGAAGUAUGGCAGUGUAUAAUAAUGUUAUGUUUAAAACUUUUUAGUUUUGGGAAAAAGAUGGCGUUUGUUGCUUUGCUGUCUCUACACUAUCUUUUCAUAUAUACCAUUUGGUCCUUCAGUUUUCCAUUCUGUACACUCUAAACAUAUCUGUUUUACCUAACUUAAGAUAGGGUUUCCUUUCCAUGUAUUGGAAUUUUUUAGAAUACACAAUGGAAAUCAAUAUUUAUCAUCUUAAAAUAAAGGCUGUCUCCGUAUUCUC